ACAUAACUCAGCCUGUUGUUAGAGACACACAUUAAGGAAUCCUGGGACAAUACAAGCACAUGGCUUCUGAGGAGCCUCACUCUGACACAGAUCAUGAGGCCAAAGAACCAGUUGAGGAUACUGAGCCCAGCACAUUGCUGUUUGAAACAACUGACAAGUAUCCUGUGCAAGACACAGCACUUCCUAAAGAGGACACUUGCUUGACAGAUCAUACGCCAGUGGAAAGUCCAGCUGAUCCUGUGGCAGUCCCCAGAUCAGACUCCGGUAGAAUAAAGCAGCCAGAAGAAAAUGACUGUCCUGUAUCUACUAUAAAUGCUCUAUCAGAUUUAACUAAUUCUUAUAAAGAAAGCAGUGAGACGAACAACUGUCCCCCGACGAUCAGCGAUUUGCUGGAUGAUGAGGAUCUGCUGUAUACCCUGAAGAUAAAAUUAGACCCCUGCCACCCUACUGUGAAAAACUGGAGAAACUUUGCCAGCAAAUGGGGUAUGAGUUACGAUGAAUUGUGUUUCCUGGAGCAGAAACAACAAAGUCCCACCAUUGGGUUCUUGCUACGGAACAGUGAGAGGACUGUGGAGCAGCUGAUUGACCUGUGCAAGCUCUAUAAGAGGGUCGAUGUCCAGAAAGUUUUGUUGAAAUGGGUCAAUGUGGAUUGGCCAAUGAGAGUACAUAAAAUGUACAGGAACAGUGUGUGACUUGGAAUAUGUGUGGACUUAUGAUUAUUUUUAAAAAAUAUAUAUUUUUUUAUUUUCUUUUUUUUUCCAGCAUUGCAGAAUAUGUCUAAAUAAUUUACUUUACAGUGUCCUUGCCUGUGCAGAAUAUUCCUCACAUUUCACAGCAGGAUAUAUAAAUAGGCAUCUGAAGAACAAGACUGGCGGCCCUGCUUGACUACAAACUCAACCCUUGCCCAAGAACAAACAGGCAAUUUUGAAGAGCACUUAAAUCUGAUUGUAAUAUGUUCUAAUGUUGUACAAUUUAUUUUUCUAUGGGCUAGUGUAGUGUGCAUUUUUUCGUUAUAAGUCCUCACUAUAGUCUUAUAAUAAGCCUCUAUAAUAUAUUAUAAACAAGAUCCGAUCAUAAACAAUUACUACAUUUAAAUAGCAAAU